CGAUAAACAUGACGAAUGAGUACUAAAGAAUUUGAAUGCUGAUAAAUAUUUUCUGAACGUUAGUAAAAUUAUUUAGUGUCAUCUAGUAUUGCUGAGGUGAAUAUUUGAUACCAAGAAAUAUAAAUUAUUUUUUUUUGAAAAUGAAUAUAAGGGCUCGGAUUGCCGCCAUAGCUUUGCUAUUGAGUCUGAGCACAAGUUCAUCGGUUACUGGAGAAAUAAAUCCGGAGGCUUUAAUAAAAGUAGUGGCAUUCGGAUGGAAAGCGAUCAAGGCAAUUAUAGAAAUAGAGUCAUUUAUAAAAGAUAAUAAAUUUGAAAAAGAUAUAAUUGAUGCGUUAGAUGAAAUCCGCGAAAGUACUGCGAGAAUAGAGUCUUCGAUGAAAGACAAAGCUGAUCGCAUUAUUAAGGAACUUUCGGUUAAAAUUGAUAAGCAGAUAGUUGGUUACUUUGUUCGUACUGUUUUCGAAAUAAAUCAACGAUUUGAGACAAAAUUUUUGAAAUAUUUUACGGGAAAUGAUACAUAUCAAAAUGAAACUAUUGAAAAUUAUAUUAACGAAACAAUAAAUCCGUCCGAUUUUGGAAAAACAUUAUCUUUGAUACGAGAAUAUACUGUACCAAAUCACUAUUUACCCAACGUAAAAGAUAAGCGAGUAUCUGAAAUACUACAUGACUACAAUAAAAAUCAUGUUAGUGAUUGUAAUGAAGGAUCAUCUGGUUACGAUCUCCUAUUCGCGGUUUUUAAUCUUACAACAACAUCAUUAUCAAAAGGAUACGCUAUGGUAGCCCAUGCUUACAGAUAUCGUCAUUUACACUCUACAGAUCUUAAUGCAUGGAAUACAGAACUACAUGACGCUCUAGAUGAGUACAAAAAGACAGUGCUUCUGAUUGCAAAAGUCGCUAGGGCUUCUGCGGAAAGAGAAUCUAAAGCAAUUCGUCGUUGUGAUCCUAAGCCAAAUGAAUUCGUAGAAGGUGUAAACUAUCAAAGUUAUCAAUUUUUGACAACAUUUGUAACUAAUGAUUAUAUGCUAAACAAUAGAAAAUACAUCAUUGACGGUCUGAAAUCUAGUGAACGUACAGCAUCAUUUUGCGAUGGAGUAAUUUAUAAUAAAACAUAUGAAGCAUAUUCAUUAGGAGCUUGUGUUGCGCCGCUAAAUAGUAAAAGACGUUACAACUACGUAUCGGUCUUGGGUGGAGAUGGAUACUAUUAUAAUAAAGGCCGUGUAACUGAAGACUGUGAUGAGGAUUAUGGAAUUUACCACGCUAAAACACAUGUACAUUUUUACUUUUCCCGAUACAUUUGUGAAGAGCCUGCUUCUGGAAAAAAGGCUGCUUACUUUAAUAUUACAGCACAGUACUCUGAUUUAUAUAACAAACGAGUCAUUACGGGGAUUCGUUUAGUUACAAAACUGUCAAUAACAUACUUUGAAAUUCAAGAAGGAGUACUUGUAAACGGCACUAUCGAUAAUAAUACUAUUAAUUGGAAUAAUGAAGUUACCAAAAGGCUCGAUGAUUAUGAAAAAAACAAUCAGUUGCCUUCUUAUACGGAUGGGGAUUUGAUGAGACUGACUUAUGACUUAAGAUUAUUAGAUCUAGAUGAUAUAGUUUUGCCCGCAGGAGUAGUUGCCGUUGGUGUACAAUUUCGGGUCGUAAAAGAUCAUUUGACUUUUCAAGUAGCGGGAAUACGAAUAUUUAAUGAAUUAGGGCAGCCCGUUAAUUCUUCCAAAGUAGAAUGGUUCAAUGAAACCGACCCUAACAGAAAGGAGUUACUGAUAAAUGAUCUCGAUAUUCCAACGUUUGGCAAAAAAGCGAAUCUAGAAUUGAGUAAACCAGGAGAAAAUUACAUCAAAUUUCAAAUGUCUAGCUGGAAUAUAGAUGGCGGACAGACAUUAUACCCAUUCAUAGAUUUGCAAGAAGUGACUACUUAUCCGCCAGCACCUAUUGGAGGUGUUGGAUUAUUCUACAAAGGUCAACCGGGAUUCGGAGGAUUCAUUGCGCCAAAACUAAUAACCACUAAUAAUACUAUUUUUAUGAGUGAAAAAUAUUUGUGUAAUAUAUUUAAUAUCAGUACAAGUAAUCUUUUGAUUGAAGACUUGGCAAAUCUAUCAAAUGAUAAAUAUGUGCCGUACGAAAUCAUACUCUCUUUUCUGUGUAUAAUAUUACUUUUUUACCUUUUAUAUAAAAAUAAUUUUUUGAAUAUAAAAUUUUUUUCAUAUACAUACCUUUAAACAGACAAUGCUUGAGUUUUACUUCUUUUUUAGAUGAAUUUAUUAUAAUAAAAUUGUCAGCCGAUAAAAAAUAAUUGAUUUCAAUAAAAGAUUAUAGUUAUCUAAUUUUUAUGAUUUUGUUAUUGUUCUUUUUUUUAAUAUUUCUAGACACUCGUAAAUGAGCUGUAGAAACAUUUAUCUAAUCUUAAAAGCACUUGA